CUCGGAGCCAUCCUAACGUAGUCGCCAGCAUUCAUAGCCUGAGGGGCCCCAAGCACACCGAACAUCUUUACCUCGCUCCCAGUGUCGGGCUGUGCGCGGGUGACUGACAAGUACGGAGGAAAAGAACGAGCGACUGACGCUUGCCCAUCAUGUCGAAUCUUUUGUCCGCCGAAAACCUGAACGGUCGGCUGCUCUUUGCCAUCCCAAAGAAGGGCCGGCUGUACGAGAAAUGCCUCGAGCUGCUGCAGGGUGCAGAUAUCCAGUUCAAGAGGCAGCACCGGUUAGAUGUUGCGCUCGUGCAGAACCUUCCAAUAGCUCUCGUCUUUCUCCCUGCAGCCGACAUUCCGCGCUUUGUCGGAGAGGGCAACGUCGACCUCGGCAUCACAGGACAGGACAUGGUAGCAGAGGCGGGGACAAGCGUCUCCUCGCUCAUCAGCGAGGUCCUCGAGCUCGGUUUCGGCAAAUGCAAGCUUCAGGUGCAGAUCCCUGACCCAGAAUCGCCGGCUGCGCGAUCCGCCAGUGCAGAAGGCAGCGCUGACACAAACUGCAUUAGGAACGAAGAGGACCUGGUCGGGCGCAAAGUCGCUACCUCGUUCGACUUCCUCGCGGGUGAAUACUUCAAGAAGCUCGAUGAGGAGACCACCAAGAAGCGUCUUGCGGAGAGGAAAAUGAAGGCGACCGACGCGCCGCUGAGGACAGCGAUCGAGUACGUCGGCGGGAGCGUGGAGGCUGCAUGCGCGCUGGGUCUGGCGGAUGGAAUCGUAGACCUCGUCGAAUCUGGCGAGACCAUGCGCGCCUGUGGCCUGACGGCCAUUUCGACGCUGCUCUCCUCACAAGCGGUGUUGAUCAAGCCGACGACGCCGCACCCGCGCUCGAACGUGGCGCUGAUCGCGCGUAUCACGGCCCGCAUCCGCGGUGUAAUUGCUGCGUCGCGUUACGUCCUCUGCACGUACAACAUGCAGCGCGCUGGCCUGGAACGCGCGCUCAAGAUCACCCCUGGCCGCCGCGCGGCGACAGUCAUGCCGCUCGACGACGGCGAGUGGAGCGCAGUGUCCAGCAUGAUCCUCCGUGCCGAAGUCGCAACAGUCAUGGACCAGCUUGAAGAAGUGGGCGCCAGCGACAUCCUUAUCACCAGCAUCGACAACUGCCGCGUUUAAUAGUUUUUUCAAGGGGAGUUGCGCUACGUCCCUUCUCCAUGUCUACCUCCUUUGCAACAUGUGUAUAAGAGCGUACGUGCAGAGUGGCAUGGGAAUAGAAGGUACAUUGCAUAG